AUGGCGACGACAGGACCGACUACAGCUGGCGGGGAUACCCCAGGGGCACCCAACUCACCCAGGCGAGGCGGCAACCGAGGCAGAGGCCAGGGCAGACAGCCUAGAGGAGGCGUUCACCCAAACGGCAUAUCAGCGAUACCCAGCGAAGGCGGCGACGGCAAUCCUCAGGCGCAGUCUCCCGGCAACCGCGCGCGGGGCAGAGGCAGAGGCCGCGGCGGCAGAGGUGGUCGUGGCGGCAACAGGGACCGAGCUCCAAGCAUUCCGCAGACAACAGCAUCUGUACCCGACCAGAAUCCAACCGCAGCACAACCACCACCGCAGCCCGGCGGAAACGGCGUCUUUGGUGGUCGCCUGACCAAAGACGCCGACAAGAACAACACUACAGGCGAAACCGCGCAGGGUGGGGAGGGUGAAGAGGAGGCUGAGGUCUGCUUCAUUUGUGCUUCGCCGGUUGCGCACCAGAGCGUGGCACCCUGCAACCACCGGACUUGCCAUAUCUGCGCGCUGCGACUGCGAGCCUUGUAUAAGACCAAGGCUUGCGCGCACUGUCGGACUGAGGCGGGUACGGUGAUCUUCACGGACGAUGGGGAGAAGAGGUUUGAGGACUUUGAGAGCAAGGACUUCUCUAAGACAGAUGCGAACCUUGGUAUCGCAUAUGAGAAGCCUGAGAUCUUCGAAGAUACAGUGUUGUUGUUGCGCUACAACUGCCCGGACAAAGACUGCGAUGUCGCUUGCUUGGGCUGGCCAGACUUGCACCGACACGUCAAGGCCGUGCACCACAAGACUAUGUGCGACUUAUGUAUUAGGAACAAGAAGGUCUUUGCGCACGAACACGAGCUGUUCACCCAGCAGGAGCUACGAAAGCAUGAAAAGUAUGGGGAUGACAACCCAGGCGCUGUCGACCAGAGCGGAUUCAAAGGGCAUCCAGAGUGCGGGUUUUGCCGGCAGCGCUUCUAUGGCGACGACGAGCUGUACGCCCACUGCAGAGACAAGCACGAACGAUGUCAUGUAUGCGAUCGCAGGACUGGAGGUCAGAACCCACAGUACUACCUCGACCACAACGCUCUAGAACAGCACUUUGGGCGCGACCACUUCCCUUGUCUGGAUACCGAAUGUCUGGAGAAGAAGUUCGUCGUGUUCGAUUCUGCCAUGGAUCUGAAGGCGCAUCAGCUGGAAGCACAUCCCAACGGCAUGUCGAAGGAUGUCAGGCGAGAUGCUCGAAGGGUAGACAUCUCAGCCUUCGACUACAGGCCACAGUAUGUGGAGCCAAGACGUGGAGGUAGGAGAGGUGGUGGAAGAGGUCGCGAUCCCAACUCCGAGCCCAUGCCUGCGGCACCUAAUGGCCACAUGAGCCGUGCAGAGCUUGCCCAUCAACGUGAGCGUGAGAUCCAGAGCGCGCAGUCAGUGUCCACUCGCACAUUCGGCGGACAGCUCUCCACGCCAUCUGAACCACAGGCACAGACAGUGCACAGACCCGCUCAAGCACAAAGCCCACGACCAGCAGCUGCUCGACCAGCAAAUCCUCUCCUCCACGAUCGCCCACCACUUCCCACAACCACCGACACCCGUCCAACUGAGUCCCUUACCCCACAAGAACAAGCUCGCCGUCUACGCCACAACGCCGUGACCGAGCGCGCUGCCAACCUCCUCGGUAACGAGCAGACGAAGCUCGCCGAGUUCCGAGAACGCAUCUCCGCCUACCGUACAAACAAAGUCACGGCCACCGAUCUCAUCGACGCCUUCUUUUCACUCUUCGACACCUCCGCGGCCGAACUAGGCAAGCUUGUGAAGGAACUCGCCGACCUGUUCGAGAUCACCGAGAAGAAAGACGGCCUCCUCAAAGCCUGGAGCGACUGGAAAGCCAUCAACGAAGAUUACCCCUCCCUCCCAGGACCUUCAGGUAGUUCAAGCACCGCUGCAAGCGUUCUCGGAGCCGGAAUCGGCGGGAAUAGAGUUCUCAAACUUAAAAGCUCCACCGCCCGCAGCGAACGCGCCGGCCAACAACGCUCAUGGAACAACACCGCUGCUGCGACGACGGCUUCGAAAGGUAAUGCCUUCCCUGCCCUCCCGUCCUCUGGUGCUGCUCCUCAGCAACAACCGUCAGGCUGGCUCUCGCUCCGCCCUGCCGCUGCUGCAAACUCCAACUCCAAUUCCGCGUCCAACUCCACGCGGCCUUCGCCGACGCCCAGCCGCGCGCAGUCGUCUGCGCAGCUCAAGAAGGGAGGUGAAGCCUUCCCAGCGCUGCCGCCUGGGAAGAAGCCGACGAGUACGGUGUUUAGUCCGGGAUAUACUGGGUCCGGCGUGAUUCGGCAGAGUAGUAGCAAUACGUCUGCUUUUAGUUGGGGCGCUGGAGGCGGUGCUGGGGCGGGGACGGGUGCGAGUACGCCGCUGAGUGAGGAGCAGGAGGUUGUUGGCGGUGGGAAGGGGAAGGGGAAGAAGGGGAAGCAGGUGUUGUUUCAGUGGGGUUGA